AUGUCUGGUGAUCACAGAGCUCACAGAAAGAGAGAGAGGGAACCUGCUCGGUCUUCUUUCAGAGAUUUCAAGAGAGCAGGUUCUGCCGGAGUCUGUGCGUUCACCACAGCUGAUCUGGAGAAAGAGGACGGCCUAGAGUGGGCCCGCGAAAUGGAGGCGGACAGAGACAUCUGGGAGACAGAAGCAGAUGUGGAAGGUAUCCUGCUGCCAGAUGUGCCAGCCAAGGAGGCUGCCGGCAGCCCAGGCUGUGAAGGCGCCAGCCGACCCGCUCGUCCUCUGUGGGAUUGCUCGGUGGCCCCCGGAGCCUGGCGGGGCCAGUGCACCUGGCAGUGCUGGCACCAGAGAGUCUUGGAGCACCUGGAGCAGGAGAGGACCUCCAGAAGCCCCUCUGGAAUUGCUCAGGUGACGUUUGAGGACGUGGCCGUCUAUUUCUCCCCAGAGGAGUGGGCGGAGCUGACCGCUUGGCAGAAGGCCCUUUACUGGGAUGUGAUGAAGGAGACUCACACCCUGGUGGGCUCCCUAGUAUCCGAGCGUGAUGACCAGCCGGAGGUCCUGGGCCGGAUAGCUCGAGGGGAGGCCCCUCCUUCCAAGAGGUUUCUGCGGAGGGAGAGGAAAGCUGCCCCCCAAAACCUCGCCCACCGCCGUGUUUCCAGGGACUCUGCUGCACGGGCGGAGGAGGCGGGGGCUCAGCCAGGAACAGCAGAGCCCGCCGGCAAGAAGACGGACUCCAAGGGACCACGGAUGGGGUCUCCUGCUGGCCCCUGCCCCGUUCUUUGCAUCCUACCCGGAAACCUGGCCGCCCACCAGGACUCUCACCGGCCAGAGCAGCAGCAGCAGCAGCAGCAGCAGCUCUUCACCUGCAUCGACUGCCGGAGCAGCUUUGCCUACGAGGAGCAGGAGGCGGGGCGGAUCCGUGGGCAGCUGGCCCUCGGGAAGCUCUUCAAGUGCCUCAGCUGCAGCUGCAGGAGGCCCCUCGCUGUGGACCAGAAGCCCGACGCCCUCCUCCACGGCUCCCUGCCCUUUGGCCAGCCGGACGGUGCGGACUACAGCCACCAGAAAGCCCUGGACCAGGUCCGUCAGCGGGCGGCUCACUGGACGAUCUCUGAGACCAAAGCCUUUGUGGAGCUCUGGGGGGACGACCACGUCCAGACGGCGCUCUACGACAACUACCGCAACGAGGUGCAGUACAAGCGCCUGUCGGACAAUCUGGGGAAGCUGGGCUUCCAGCGCAACCUGGAGCAGUGCCGGCAGCGGGCCAAAGACCUGCGCAGGGGCUUCAAGGAGAUCCAGGACGGCCACCUGCACUCCAACCGCGCGCGGCAGACCAUGCCCUUCUUCGCCCUCCUGGACCGCUUCCUGACGACCAGCCGGGGACUGGUGAUCCCCAAGGUCUGUGCCAGCCGCGCCAGGCAGAAGGGCCGGAAGGGCAGGAGCCGGAGGGAGCAGCUGCCUGGCGAGCCGCCGUUCGUCCUCAUGCUGCCCUCCCGCAGCUCUGACUUCCACCAGCUGCCUCUCCCGGACCAGGAGCGCUACAUCCGCACCCUGGGGCUCCACGGCUGCCAGGGCCCCGGACCUGGCCAGGAGCAUUACAGCCAGGCGGGGAGCGCUCCAGAUUGCAAGGGGCCUCUGCCCAAACCAGACCCCGUGGCGGCCCCUGUGAGGGUGGCUCCCAGCUCCCAGCUGCCGAGGAAGAGUGAAUCCUCACUCCCCUGGGCCGUGGGUCUCCCUGACUUCCCGCUGCCGCUCCCAGACCCAGAUGCCUCUGCUGUAUCCAGCUGCCUCCAGCACCAAGAAAUGCUGCUGGCUCCCAUCAACGGGCUGUCUGCUGCCAGCAGCCUCUGGCAAGAGCUCGCUUCCAUGGCUCCCGAGUGCCCGGCCAGCACCGCAGCACAGGAGAGCACUCCCACCUGGCACCCGGGGAAGGCGCCCAGCUCCUCGGCAAAGCGUAUGCGUGACCUCCGCUUGAGGCGCAGGAGGCAGCGGGCGGCGAUGGCUCGGCUGCUGCUAGGGGCCAGCUACCGCCCCAACGACCGGACGGUAUGGAGCAAGACCCGGAGGACAGACUGGUGGGACAAGCUGCUCGCCGGCCAGCCUGACGAGGGCGCGUGGGUGCGGCACUUCCGCAUGUCCCGGGAAGCGGUGCUGGAGCUGGUGGAGGAGCUGCGGCCUGUGCUCCAGCGCGAGGACACCAACAUGCGCGCCGCCAUCCCCGUGGACAAGCGCGUCGCCCUGACGCUCUGGAAGCUUGCCACCUCGGACAGCUACAGAUCUGUCGCCAACCAGUUUGGCGUCGGGGUGUCCACCGCGUCGGUCAUCGUGAUGGAGGUGUGCGAGGCGAUUCAUGACGUUCUGCUGCGGCAGGUCGUCCAGCUGGGAGACGCGCGAGCCGUCGUGGAAGGCUUCGAAAGGGUCGGCUUCCCCAACUGCCUCGGGGUGGUGGACGAGACCCACAUUCCCAUCCUGUGUUCCCCGCACGGAGCCUCCGCCUACAUCAACGGGAAAGGCUUGGUCUCUAUGGUUCUGCAGGCCCUGGUGGACAGCGCUGGCCGGUUCAUGGACGUGUACACGGGGUGGUCCGGCGGGAUGCAGGAUUCUGGGCUGCCGUGGGGCUCCCCCAUCUUUGAGCGGAUGGAGAAAGGGACUUUUGGUCCUCAGACCACCCGGGAGAUCGAAGGGGUAGCCAUCCGCCCUGUGCUGCUGGGAGGGCCCGCUUGUCCCCUGAGGCCGUGGCUGAUGAAGCCCUACCCCAACGCCGGCAGCAGCGGGCCCAGGCAGCACUUCAACGCCGUCUUGAGCAAGUGCCGCAUGGCCGUGACCUACGCCUUUGAGAGGCUGAAAGGCCGCUGGCGGUGCCUCCUCAAGCGCCUGGACGUGGCCGAGAAGAACGUCCCGCUCGUGAUCGUCGCCUGCUGCAUCCUGCACAACAUCUGCGAGAGCCGCAACGAGGCCAUGCAAGACGGGUGGGAGGAGGGCCUGGACUACACGGACCUGCCCUCCGCAGCCUCCGAGAGCCCCGGCAGCUUUGCGGACACGGAAGAGACUGGGGCGGCACACAGCAUCCGCGAGGCGUUCUGCGCUUUCUUCGAAAAGAGGCGGCAGGAUGAGGAGCUGUGAACGGGGGGGGGGGAGACCCUGUAUGUGUGUGCGUGCUAUAACCCCCCCCCUUCCUAGGUCUGACCUCACUCAAAAGGAGGGGAGGGGGAGGGGGCACGGGUUUACUCAGGUUACAUCUCCCUUCUCUGGCCUCACUUCACAGGGGAAAGGAACAGUCCGCACCUCCACAAAGUUCCCCUUUUACCGGUUUCACUGUUUGGCCUUUUAUAAACCUUUUAUAAAAUCUU